AAGGUUUUAUUAAAACCUCAUAAACCUCACGAUCAUCUUGUCGACCUGGAUGCGUGCCAAUGAACCCUAAUCCUAGAUAAAGAAUCCUCGAAUACCUCUGGUAGCCGCUAGUUGCAGCAAUCCAAAUCUCGUUCUCCAAUAAAUGCGAUGGCAGUUUUGUAUCCUAAAUACAUUCUUUGUUCAAUGAGAUGUCUGUCAUGCAUCCCCCUAACAAUUUCACUGCAACCCUUAAGAUGUCUACUGUUCUCACCACUUUCCUCAUCAUCGUUUCCUUCCGCUCCCUCCCUCAAUGUCGUUUCAGAUUUUUUAACAAAAGAAUGUGGGUUUUCUUCUUCUCAAGCAACAACAGUAAUGAGGAGAAAACCAAGGCUGUUUAGACACAAAUCUGACCAGACUGCUAGAGAAGCCAUUCAUAUCCUGAAAGAUUAUGGAUUUACUGAAGACCAACUUAAGAGCGCCAUUCUUAGAAACCCAACGAUUCUUUCGCUCAAAGUGGAUGCGCAGUUGAAGCCCAGGAUGGAAUUCCUGAAAAAAUUGGGCUUGGCACCUGAAGACAUGCCACUUAUUAUAUCUCGCUGUUCCAGACUUUUUGAUUACAACUUAGAAAAGUGUCUCGCUCCUAAUAGCCUCCAUCUUAGAAGCUUAUUUGGCUCAACGGACCAUCUGUGCAAGGCUGUCAGAAGGGAACCUCAGUUUCUGACGUGUGAUUUCAAGAAGCAUGUGAUACCUAGAGUGGAGUACGUGAAGAAUGAUUUAGGCAUUCCAGAUGGUUCCGCAGCAUUUGCGCGAGUCCUCGGUGCGGUUCUACACCUUAGUUUCAAAACUCUGGAAGAGAAGACUAAGAAUUUGGCGAGCCUUGGUCUGGCAGAGGAGGAGAUUUGUCUAAUUAUUCUGGGUAAUCCUCUAGUCCUUAAGAGUUCAACUAAGAAAAUAAAGGAAAACAUGGAUUUCUUGAUACACACUGCAGGUCUGACGCCCGGGAUUGUUGCUUCAUGUCCAAUGAUCCUGAAUUUAAGCGUAGAGAAAACGCUCAAACCCCGCUUUGAAUUUUUCAAAUAUCUGAGGACAAAUCCACACUGCAAGAGUCCAUCUAGUCUGGUUGAUUUUCUUACAUUAAGUGAGAAAAGAUUACUUAAAUAUUAUGGCCAAUACCGUACUCAAGUCAAGUCUAACGAUUAUACAAUCUCCUAAAGCAAGCAUUUUGGAGCGGUGAUGAAGUUGCAAAGUAUAAAUUACGCAGGUUCUUCUAUGGUUGGACUGACCUUAAAGGGCGUAGAACUCGUCUCGGCUAAGGCCUUGGAUAGUUUGGUACUUUAGCCUGCAUAAUUUGGAAAUGGGUGGUUAGAGCUGCUGUGAUUUUCACUGUUCAUUGUGGCUGCUGCCUUUGAUGUGCCAGAAUAUUAUGUUGCUUUUACUCUAGUAAGCGCUACUCUAAUUACUGCAUGGAAGCAAGUAAGGUCCAUAUAACUCCCAUUUUUCUGAAAUUCACUAUCCUUGUACGUGGGUCAUUUCAUGCCUCAUUUAUUCCACAUUGUGAAACAGAAAUAUUAUUCAAAAACUGGAAGGAUAUGGUCUUUAGCUAAAGACAUAAUUAGAUUCUUGAAAUUAUAUUCACUAAUUCACUUGUUUGAAGCAUUUAUGUGGAAGCAGUGUGUUCUAUCAGCAAUCUGGUAAAUAAAAGUGAAUAGGAUACAGCCUUUUCUAAAUAAAUGCUUCUACUUCUCAGAAGAUAGAAUUUGAUUGCAAGUUCUCAGUGAUAUAAAAUAAAAAUAUUGUUCAGAAUGCCCUUUACUCAAAUGGCUUGGAAUUACAAACUAAGCUUACUGAUGAAAAAGUUGAGUAGUGUUUGAUUCCACCACAAGUGAGAAGCAAUUAACAACCAGACUGUCUGCAAGGGACUUUUUAUUUUGGCGGAUGAUUUGGUCAUAGGAUCACUAAGUUGUUGUGACAUGGAUUUAUCAUGUUUUUACAUGCAGGCCUUGAUGUUUAUGCCAUUGCUUAUACUUUAUAAUUUGUACUAUUAUACUUCAAAGAGAUAUCCAUUAAGGAGCUCCAGUCUGUAAUACUAAGCAUUUACAUAUUGACAAUGAAUCGUGUAGCAAAAUCCCAGAGGUCAAGAUGAAUUUUGAAUGCAUUAAAGGUCUUUUUCAAAAAGAUUUUUCUUAAAUAUAGACUUUGGAAGCCUUAAAGUUUAAUACUCCUGAGCACGUUCCAAUUCGAAAUGCCUAAAUUAUAUAUUAAGGCUGCUGUGUCAACUUUGACCAAGCCAGAAAUUUAUUUGCAAGGGAGUCUAGUUUAAAUACUUCAACAAUUAAGAUCACAAUAUGACUGUUUGCUAUUUUUGUUCAUGUACAUUUUGAAAUUUUAAAGAUCUCAAUAUACUUAGAGAAAAAUGCGAGAAGUUGGAAGAGA